CUGAAAUAAAAAAGUUUUUGGUUUUAAAAGACGUUCAAAAGGCUUACAAUUAUAUUCAUCGGUAUAUCACAUAUUAUUCAUUGAGAAGGAAUGUGGAAAUUUUCGCCCAUUCUCGUAGAAGCGCCCGCUUCGAGAAACCAAAGUCACGGCACAACACCUGUGUUUUACGAUAGUCGCCGAAAUCCGUAUCAUUUGCCACAAUCACACAUAUCGUCGCACCAAACGGUGUCCACAGGACCCGCACAACUGUCAUCACCGCUAACACAGUGUUUUUGGACAUUCUUCUGGUUGGCCAUCAUGUUGUUCAUAGCCAUCCCAAUUGGUCUCAUCUCAUGUCAACUUUAUGUACUGCUGUCACCGAUCAGUGCAUUCAUCACUUGUUUUGCAAAAGUUACUGAUUUUCUUUUAAGGCUGUCGCACAUGCCGUUGGGAUGCGCUCAGAACAUGGUUAAUGCUAAACCUCUAUGUUCUCUUUAA